UUGAUUUUUUCCUCAGUUGUUUCCCAAACGGCAAACGAGUAACACAACACGUGUCGAUUAAUCGUCGUUCUCAACUCGGGGAAAAAUGCAAAGCGAAAUUCAAAAGACACUUAAUUUAUCACGUACAGUAAAUAGCCCUGUGGUUAAACCAUCUGUACAGCCCAAUUUAGACGUAAGCCGGCCUAUCAAACCCGCUACCAAACACAGGAAGAAUGAAAGGCAGCAGUUGAUCGCCCAUUUGGAAGAAAUCGUCGACGUUCAGGAAAUGCUAUUUUCGUUAAGCAAAAGAAGCCCAGAAAGUGAAAUACGCGAAGAUUUUGACUACGGAUUACGAGGUGCUAUCCGGCUAAGCCAUUAUGAUUUUGAGAUUUUGACGACGUUUCAUUUUCUCAUUACCUCACCUGAACGUCCCAAAACUGUGGUCGACUUCAUCAUAAACGUGCCACACGAGGCUAACCACAAAGCAGCGCAGCAUUUUAAAUGGCUUUUGGAGGGUCGUAAAAUGCUUGCAGAAGGAACAAACAUUUCCUACUACGACGGAAAAUCUAUAAUCUCUCGUAUUCUGCGCAGCGGUUAUUUUAGCCGAAUUCGUUUAAGUAACUCUAAAAAGAGGACGGAAAUCACGCACAACGGAAUUCAAACGGACAACAAGCAAUCAAUACAAUCUAAUAAAUCAGCAUCGCCUGUCAGUUUUGUGGCCGUCGACAAGUUCCUUGUUAACAUAAGCUCACCGUUGAAAGAAACAAAUCGAAUCAUCUAACCAGGAUAAAGGGCCUAUCUGCAAAAGCUGGAGACCUCGCAUAAUAAAGAACACAGAAUUUAAUGAUACAUUCAAAGAUAAAAAAAUCUACUGUUUGCGACACAUUCUAUUGAUGUCAUCUUGUCGUUCCAAUGAAAAAAAAAGUCAAUCCCUCAUUUUAUGAUUCUCCGGUUAUUGUCAACCGUUCUAUAUAACGUUAAUAAAAUACAUAGAUUAAACAAGA